UGGCUGCCCAUAAGUAACAAUACUUAACUCUCAUACUAAGGAAACAUACUGGUGUAAGCUUGUAGGAGAGUAAAACUUAACAGUACUCCAAAUACCCCAGAAAAAUAACCCCUUGAACGUCUUCUUUUGAUUACCCAGGGGAUCGGUUAUCGAUCACAGACCCGCGCUACCAGGAGAGGGGGGAAGGAGGCUGCAGGCGGCAGCACGACAAGAUGGCCGAGGCGGUGCCGACCCCCCCGGGUGACGCCCAGCGCUGCCAUUCCCCCCGUAUCCCCGAGCCAGGCCCCAGACACGACAAGGGGACGCCCCGGGGGAGGUCGGCAGGGGCUGAGCCCCGAGCACCCCCGGCUCCUCAGGGGGCGGUCGGCGCCAUCCCCAUCCCCUCCGCGCCCCUCAUUUGCAUAUUUUUACCUUUGCGCCGGGGCCCGGCCAAUCAGCGGGCGCCGCUCACCUGCUGGCGGCGGGGCGGGGGCGGCGCGGCCUCCCCGCAGCGCAGCUCCCCCGGACCGUACCGCACCGUGCCGGCAGCGGUACCGGUACCGGCACCGGCGCCAUGGUGUGCGGGGGCUUCGCCUGCUCCAAGAACUGCCUCUGCGCCCUCAACCUGCUCUACACGCUGGUAAGCCUGCUGCUGAUUGGAAUUGCGGCAUGGGGAAUCGGCUUCGGCCUCAUCUCUAGUUUCAGAGUUGUCGGAGUGGCAGUUGCAGUAGGCAUCUUCCUCUUCCUCAUUGCCCUAGUCGGAUUGAUUGGUGCGGUGAAACAUCAUCAAGUAUUGCUGUUCUUUUACAUGAUUAUCCUUUUGCUAGUCUUUAUUGUCCAGUUUUCUGUCUCCUGUGCCUGUUUGGCACUAAACAAGGAACAGCAGAGUCAACUUCUAGAGGUGGGAUGGAAUAAUACUAACAGCGCAAGAACAGAUAUUGAGAGAAAUCUGAAUUGUUGUGGAUUCAGAGUCUUUGAUCCGAAUGAAACCUGCUCCUCUGAUUGCUUUAGAAGUCACCAGUGUCAACCAUGUGCACCGAUAAUAGAAGAAUAUUCUGGAAUGGUGCUCAGAUUUGUUGGAGGCAUAGGACUCUUUUUCAGUUUCACGGAGAUCCUGGGAGUCUGGCUGACCUAUAGGUACAGGAACCAAAAGGAUCCCCGUGCAAACCCCAGUGCAUUUCUUUGAUAAGUUUAUAAAAGACUGAAUCUUCUCUCUGCACCCUCUACUUCAAAAUACUAGACCCAUAGUUUGACACUUCCCUGUAAUAAGGAUUCUCCAUGUACCCAAAAGAAAACCUUUUCCAUAAGAAGUUUGCGGUUUUUAUCUUUAAAUUCCCACUGGUUUUCUUAAAAAUCUCUAUUUUGAAGUAGAUCGGAGUAUUCAGUAGCUGGGCAGAGUCAGAAUAAUUCUGUUCUGACUUCAGGAGUUGGUGUGGUGAACUCUGUUCAGUGAGUUUUGUAGCACUACUGGCUUCUCUGCUGUCCAAAAAACCAGAAAGUAUUUUCUGCUGUAUUCACUGAUUACAAAAAUUCACCUAAUUUCUCAUUAAAAUGAUAAAAAUUACAUGGUGGGUGUGUUAAGCUGUAUGAUUUUAUUAAGAUUUAUGAUGAGUUCUAGUCAACUUUUUUGUCUUAGUAAUGUUCUCCCAUUAUUCUGUUUUUAUUUUUUAAAAAGGUAAAGGUGUUAUCUUCUGUAAUGCGUCUAAGUGUGUAUUAACUGACUACUGUAGUCUUCAUCCCUUCCCUACUCUGUUUAUUUUGUUUUUUUGGGGGGGCAGAUUUAGAGGGUAUUUUGAGAAUUAAAAAAUAAAGAAGUACUUUUAUGGGUAUCUUCACUAUGAGAACUAUGAAUGAAGAAAACCAGAAGAUGUAAUCUGCAGCUAAUUAACCUGAGCCUUUUUUUCUUUUGACAACUGAAUGAAACUUGGUAUUUGUACAACAUAAGCAUUGAUAGUGGUCUGUCAUCUUGUUUAUGUAGGAAACUUGACUUGGUGUUCGGAAAGUAGUAUAAAUAUUUUUACAGAUGGUAUAAAACUAUAGUUGUACUCAGUCAGCAGUAUAUAUUCCUCUGUCAUCCAGCUUCAAGUCUUGAUUUGAUAAGAGAAUAGUGGGGAGGAGAAAAAAAGUGGUGUUUUCCAAUAGUUUGUUUUUUAAAAAAAAAAAAAGGAUUAAAGUUAGAAUGGUACAUCAUCCACGUGCUGAGUGUUGUGUAAGCUGAAGGAGAGCACGGUCCCUGGUCCAAUCUCCAAAACAAGUGAUACAUGAGCUGGAAGAUCUAAGCAGCAGAGGUGUGCACGUUCCAUUUGUUUCUAAUCACAAUGAAUUGCAGACCUGUACCUUUUCUUCAUUAAAUUGCUGCUUCUAGCAUGGUGUAGGCAGCUUCUGUAGACUGAAAGACAGCUCUGCAGGAAGAAAAAGGGAAGUGUAUUAAGGUCAUCUGCCAAGGCGCACACAGUAUCUGAGUGCAGUGGAUGGGCAGUCAAUGAGCGCAAAUGAAAGAAGGUUCUUAUAGGGGUCUCCCUUUGCUAGGCAGAUGCCUUCUUGCUUUCACAAAGAAGGCAGAAACAAGUUGAAAUACCUGCUUAUCAGAACGCUUUCAGGCUUCAUGUGCCCAGUGCUUCUCAAGAAGGAAUUGUCUCGAGGUUUCAAGGGAAAAUGCUGAACCUGAACACGGAGAGGACUAUGAGGAGCUUAAGACAGCUUCUCGUCAGAUAAUUCCUCAACAUCUGCUAGCAGCGCCAUCUCCUGGUGUUGGAUCUGUGAAUUCCUGCUUCGAAUGUCUGGAAGUACUGCUUUCUGCUUCAAGCACAUGCUGAACCCAUGUACUGAAGGAGAUGGGACCUUAAGAGCCUUCAGACUGUUACUGAGAUAUAAUGUAAAUAUGCACAGCCUCUUUUUUUUAUUUUCUUCCAAGUGCUGUCCUGUUAAAGGGUACUUGCCCUGCCAUCCUCAAUACAUGUCAAGAGGACAGUGAUGAUCUCAAAGCUGUCCUUAGCAACAGCUAAUUUUCCUAGUCUAGAUAGGCUUUGCAUUCUGUGCAUUCAUGUCAUAAAUCAGAGGAAGAGAAUUAAGGAGAAGGUUUCUGAAUGUUAAAAUAACACUGUAUCAUUGCUUCAACCUUGAAAUUUUUCUUCAUUGUAUUUAGAGCUUGGUUUGGGGUGGUUCUAGUUUCAUGACUAUAGUAGGUGAUACUGGAGUGUGUACAUGUGCGUUACUGAAGAAAUACUGAAAAUGUUACUACUUUAGAAACUGUCACGCCUCAGAACACUUAGUGUGAAUUUAAGUGUUCAAAAGACAUCAGUGGAGCAUAAGAUUUGAUUAAAAUUUUUCUAUUGUAUUA